ACUUCCUCGAUCUCGGACUUGUCAUGAUGCGAUUGGUUAGAAAGCGUGUCGGCGUUUGAAUGGGGCUCUUCGUAUCCAUUUUUCUGUGAUGUACAUAGACACGAGCUGUAACAAUGGGACCAUUUAGAGUUAUAUCUGUCUUUCUGGAUUUGAUUUUAGUAUGUCUGAUGUUUGUCCAGUGCGGCGCUCGUGAUCUGGACUCCAGCUACGUGACGUGCGGCUCUCUGGUCAAACUGCUGAACACCCGGCACAGCGUCAGACUUCACUCGCAUGAUGUCAAAUACGGAUCAGGAAGUGGCCAGCAGUCUGUAACAGGUGUGGAUUUGGCCGAUGAUGCCAACAGCUACUGGCGUAUCCGUGGGAAACCAGACAAAGUUUGUCAGCGCGGGGAGCCUAUUCGAUGCGGACAGGCCAUCCGAAUUACACACAUGAAGACCGGACGCAACCUGCACUCGCAUCACUUUAGCUCCCCACUGUCUAACCACCAAGAAGUGAGUGCAUUUGGCGAAAAUGGAGAAGGAGAUGAUUUAGACGUAUGGAGCGUGCAGUGCAGCGCAACAUACUGGGAACGCGAUGACGCGGUGCGGUUCAAACAUGUCGCCACUGAGGUUUUCCUCAGUGUAACCGGAGAGCAGUACGGUCAACCAAUCAGAGGCCAGCGUGAGGUCCACGGAAUGCCUUCACCCAAUCAGCAUAACUACUGGAAGGUGAUGGAGGGGGUUUUUAUUCAGCCCAGCAGUGAUCCAGUGCGCCAUGACGAGCUCUGAUGAUGCCGCUACAUUAUCAUAGCGAGCGACUGAGAACUCCACUCACACAUGCUGUGAAACCCCCUCUCUCUCUAUAUAUAUAUAAACCUUCAGUUUACUUUUAUUGGUCAAACAAUUUUUGAGACAAAAGUCACUCACAAAAUGAACAUCACAGACAAAAAGGCAAAAAGGUUAGUUUUACAAGAUUUCGUAUGAUUGGAAUGUGUUUGUUUGUACAUAAGGGAAUAAAAUUACAUGACAAACCAGGAUUUGGGGUUGUAUUAUUUAUAUUUAGGUUGCAUUACUACUGGAAUAAAUGGCAUUGUACUAUAAAAUAGUGUUUCUGCACCUGUGAAAUCCUGUAAUCUUUCUGAAUUCAGUAGGGGGUAAAUAUGAAAUGACUGUUUGUGUUUUGGUUGAAGUUUUCUGUGUUACUGUAAUUCCCAAUAGUUGCAUUCCUCAUACUGUAUAUGACCCAAUAUGUACAUAAUUUGGUGAAACCAUUAAUAAAGUUUUUUUGAAAACAUA